UGGAGUCGAUUGUGAGAUGAAGAUCGGCACAUUUCUCUGUAUCCCAAAGGGUCCCAAAAAAGAAACUGAUGAUGCGUUUCAGAUGUCCUUGCUGUGGCAUGAAAAAGCAAACACCCUCAAUGCAGCUUCAAAGUUGUUUGGACAGAUGCUCAAUGCCACACAAGACUUUCCCAAUGGAUCUCAUCAAAUGAACAAGCAGAUUAUGAAUAUUUCGGCUCCAAUUGCUGCCGAGUGGGAGAUGAAGUAUUCCGAAGCUACGAUAAUCGGUAUCACAUGACGGCUCGGUCACCAAGCGUUUACCUCACCUGCCAAGAUAUUGUUGGCAAGUGCAGAACAGUUGUUGAGCUCCCCGUAAGGGGCAGCGAGCCAGGAGGAGAAGAUGAUGACUUUUGGCACAAAGGCAAGGCGCAAACCUUGCUGAUUAUUGCAGUCCCAUUCCGCACUGGAGGUCAUCAAGCAAAGCAACCUGCCGCAUUUGUUCCCAUCAUCCAGCAACUCCAAGAGCUGCACAAGAAAGGUUUUGUUCAUGGUGACAUUCGUGCUUGCAACAUUGUAUUUGGUGAAGAUCCGAAGGAAGGCUGGUUGAUAGAUUUUGAUUUUGAUUUUGGAGGAGAAGCAGGGGUUGUCAAAUACCCAAAUGGAUACAAACAAACACUCGAUGACGGUAGACGAAUUGGCGAAGAAGGAAAUGAAAUUAAAAAAGUUGACGAUUGGUACGGCUUGGGACAGCUCAUCUUUGAUCUGCACCGUUUUGACAGGAGUAACAUGACAGCACCAGAUCUGACACUAUGGGAGCUUGAGGGCUUUUGGACAACAACACCAGAUGGCUGGGAGGAAGGACUACCCUUUGAAGACCAAGUUGUCAAGUUGCUUAAAUAUGUUGGGUCGUAUCGACACAACGGCUACAAACUGCACCCUAUUUUCAAAGCAUUUCUGGAAAAUUGAGCAACCAAAUGAUGCCACUGCACCAGGUGCCACAAACAGUCCAUUGAAGGGCUGAUGGUGAAGGAUCGUUUCUUGCAUUUUGGCAAUGUUCGAGUCAGGAUCAUUCGUAGGAUAUUACCGCUGGGUUGGGCUUCCCUGUAUAACUUAUACUCCAGUCUGAGAGUCGCCAUGGUGUCCAAAGAAUCCAUCAGAACUAGGUCAAACAGCAAGUAACUCAGCCGCUGCUUCCAUAGUUGCCCUCUUUCUUGUCUCGCUUUCCUUGGUUGGCUGGCUAGCGAGCAGAUCGUUGACUCCAGCAAGAGUCUCUACAUACUCAAGAGUUACCAUUUGCACCACAGUGUGCACACAGCAACAGACUGCUCUGUUGGAACGUCUUGUCACGGAAUGAACUUGCCUGUGGCUUGCCGAGGAGCCGCAUGGGUGGGGGAUGAAUCGAUUCUGUAGCUUCUUUGUGAGACCUGUGAGUUUCUAUUGUGCCUGCCUGUCGUGAACUUGUUCCAUCCGUCUCGAUGACUCUUUCACCAAAUCAAGGGCGA